GCGGAUUAAUUCUAGAGCCGAUAAGAGCCAGGGUCCAGGUUCAAGGUUGAGCUUCAAUCGCAGCGCAUUUCGAUGUAUCGGCCCUCCAGAACCUCGUCCCCGAUACAACUACGUCGACAGUCCUCAAGCUGCAACAGCCACCACCCCCACCGGUUUAUGGAACUCUUACGAACACAGUACUUCCAGCUAUACGGAUUUUGAAUUUGACGUGCUAAAUUCGCCCUCUCUUCCUAAGAAUUUUGUUUUCUCGGCAGCUCUAGCUCAGAACACCAAUCGAAGUACUGCUCUGUUUCGCGGAAGCAGGGAGGACGAUCCUUUUGUUUCGCCCAAAGCUCGUGGGUUUUCCCACGUUGUUGAUCGAAGAGAGGACCGUUUCGGCGAAUCGAACGACCCGGAUGAUUGGUACGACUCAGACAAUUCCGAAGAUUCGGACGCUACUAUCACCCCCAGCUCGUACGCUGUCAGCGUAGCUUCCCACACCCGCAGCUACCAGCGACAGCAACGUACCUUAUUCAACGAACUAGGAGGAUCGACCUUUGCAAACAAAUCAAGCAACACGAAGACUUCGGUAUUGAGCACCACCGAAGAGAUGGCACCGAAUCACGUCGCAAAGAACGGGACCACUGAGUCUCGCGCAGUUAUUGCUGGCCCGCACUUAGGAACUAUCAAAGUUGGCCACCAAUAUAUCUGCGAGUGCCAUAUUCGCCGCAUGUUCGUCGAGAAGCGACUAGAUGCUGCUAGGGAGGCUAAUUACCGCCUGCAAGGUGUUCAGGUGAUAGAAUCUACUCGAGAAGCACUUCUACUACCAGUCAAAACCUAUAAUGCUGCGUGUACUUUCUACCAUCGCUUCCGCCUAGAACAUCCUACUCAUGAUUACAAUUACACCGAUGCCGCUCUGGCGUCUCUAUUUGUGGCUUGCAAGGUUGAGGACACACUGAAGAAGUCUCGCGAGGUUCUAUGUGCUCAUCACAACCUUAAGAACCCAGAUCAUCCAACUACGCAAGACGACAAGAUUUUUGAUCAACCAUCCAAGGUGAUCAUCGGUAUUGAGCGAUAUAUGGUUGAGGCCAUCAAUUUCGAUUUCCGCGUUCGCUAUCCCCAGAAGAUUCUUGCCAAGAUCGUAAAGAAAGUCCUUGGAAAGUCAGCUGACCUCACAAGCUUCUUCCCGACUGCUAUGAAGAUGUCUAUUGACUUAUACAAAACUUAUGCACCUCUAAAGCACAGUUCAUAUACUUGUGCCCUUGUAGUCGCGCAACUUACCGCAAUGAUCACCGGUCGAUUCGUGGACGAAUUCCAAGCACUUGAUCCGCUUGAUUGGCACACAGACGAGCAGUGUGUAGCUGAGGUGAUGCUCGAUCUUCUUGACCUUUACACACAACAUGGCAAGGUCACUAAAGUCGGACCUAUAUUUGACCUGCAAGUUUUUAUCGACACUCAGAUCAGCAUCAACCAGUUUGUUGAGCGUGCUGGCCUCUCGCGCUACCUGAACCAGUGCAGAGAGUGCGAAUCUAUCGUGCUGCCCCCUACACCAUCGACAGGUUCACCUAUGUCACUAAGCACACCUUCCGCCGCGGGAACUAGUACUGUUAAGCGUGGGCCUAAGGGACCUGACGGGGGUACGACGCGAUUCGUCUUUGAUGCCGAUGAAGCAGUACGGGAGAAGAAGGUCUACGACGAGCAUACCAAAGAUGAGUGGGAAGAAUGGGAAGAAGAAAUCGAGGAACCGAUCCCGGACUCUCGUGAAGACCGACGUCAUGAGCCCCGCGGCCCUCGGGGACCUCGUGGCCAUGGUCAUGGUCCCGGCCACGGACGCGGUCACGGCCGAGGCGGUUUCGACCCGAGCUGGACUCCUCGCAACCGACACGAUCGCCGUCGUCGCGGGGGUGGUUUUUAUUAAUCCAUCACAACAGCAUAAUUUCUCGGCGGUUAGUUGUUUUUACGGAAAGGGGUUUUUUCGAACUACGCAUGUGGAUCUGGAAAGGUUUUCAGGAUGACAGCCUUGUUGGGCUGGUACGUGCAUUAUUGAACGGAGUAUGGAUUGAUACCCCAUCUGGAAUUUGUGUUGCGGUAAAGCAUUUGCAAUCGCCAUAUUCGGCGGCUCAUGUAGUAUAGGUGUUGCUCUGACUUUAGCUUUGUUGACUGUAUAGAAGACCUAGGCAAUGGACUCGUCACCUACUCGUUGCAGUGACUGAGAAAUACUCAUGUACAUGUCUCCCGAGAAGAUAGCUUGCUAGCUCUAAAACUAUGUGCCUAAAUGAUUUCCCAUAAUCGCCUUUCAUUUUUAAUAAUAAAUGCUUGAUGGUAGCAUACCUUCUCUAUCGUUUCC